CGUAGUAUAGAAGAGAAGGCGAGGUAGAGCGAGUGCGAGAGAGAGAGAGAAAAGGAGGAGAAGAGGAUGGAGAAGUACUUCGGGAAUCCAUACAGAGGGGAUCCAGGGGUUCCGCACACGGAUCCGGAUAGGUUUUGGAACAUUUGGAUCGGUUCCUUUGCUUUCUCCGCAUUAACUUGGAACAAUCCCUACUUGUGGCAACUCUCCAACCAGUUCAACUGGCAUGAUAAGGCAAUGUUGUUUGAGCACUAUCACUGGAAGAAAGCUAUGGAGAAGAACAAACCAUAUGAGUUUCAGUGGAACAAGAUGGAUAAGGCUAUACGGGACUCGUACUACUUCAACUGGCCUGUCUACUUCGCAUAAACUGGCUUCUACUUUGAACACCUUUCGAAACUCUCUAUUUACUUAAAACUGUUACCUUGUUUCGUAUCACGUAGUUUGUUGUUUGAAGCAACAAGAAACAUUGUUGAUAACGAUCGAAAGAUUAUCGAGUAUGUUAUUUGCUCACUAUAUUGUAAGAGUUUUGACUGAACUCAGCUUCAUAUGUUCUGGUUUGAUUUAUGAGAACAUUUCUUUCUUUUU